UAUUGUAACACUAGAGAGAUGAGUAAACUUUAUGUAGAGAUAAACUAUUUUGUUUUGUUAUUCAUCACACCAUGGAGUGUUGAUUCAUGUACAUUUUUCUUAACAAUGAAUCUUGUGUAUAAUAACAAUAUAACAUCAAUGUAGGAAACACAGUGGGUUGAGUUUGAGUUGUAUGGGUGUUAGUGCAGCUUCUGUACUGAACCAACUCCUACAUAGGCAAAACCUGAAGGCACAGCCACACCCAAACGCCACCAACAUCAAAACAGUCACCAAAACAAUUCUCACCUAUCUCGAAGCCGGUAGAAUCGGAAAAGCCGCAUCUGUUCUCUUUGCAUUCCCACAACCCUUCUCUUACUCUCUAUAUGCUCACUUCUUCCGACUCUGUUCCACCCACCGCGCCAUCGUCGAAGCCCGCAAGCUCGAAUCCCACUUGCUCACCUUCACCCCCAACCCCCCCAUUUUCCUUCUCAACCGCGCCAUUGAAACCUACGCCAAAUGCAACUGUCUUCGCGAUGCCCGCGAUCUGUUCGACGAAAUGCCCCAUCGAGAUGGUGGCUCUUGGAAUGCUCUCAUCACUGCUUAUUCUCAAUUGGGUUUCCCAGGCGAAGCUGUUUCCUUGUUCUUGCGUAUGAAUAGGUCCGGGGUUUUUCCCAAUGAGGUUACCUUUGCUGGUGUACUUGCUUCUUGUGCUUCAGCUUCUGAGCUUCUUCUCUCCAAGCAGGUUCAUGGGCUGGUCACAAAAUUUGGUUUUUGUGGCAAUGUGAUCCUUGGGAGUUCCCUUGUCGAUGUUUAUGCCAAGUGUGGGGUUAUGGUUGAUGCUCGCAUGAUGUUUCAUGAGAUUCCGCGUCCUAAUGCUGUCACUUGGAAUGUCAUUGUGAGGCGGUAUCUUGAUGCUGGUGAUGCAAGGGAAGCUGUUUUCAUGUUCUCGAGGAUGUUUUCGAAUUCUGCAAUUAGGCCGUUGAGUUGUACUUUCUCUAACGCUCUUGUUGCUUGUUCCAGCAUGUGUGCACUCGAGGAGGGGAUGCAAAUUCAUGGGGUUGUUGUGAAGUUGGGUCUGCAGGCGAAUAAUGUUGUUUCGAGCUCGCUUGUCAACAUGUAUGCCAAGUGUGGCAAAUUGGAGGAUGGCUCUCGGGUGUUUUAUGAGCUUGGUUUGAAAGAUGUUGUGUCUUGGACUUGCAUUGUGUCGGGGUAUGCCAUGAGUGGGAAAACAUGGGAGGCAAGAAAGCUUUUUGAUGAGAUGCCUCAACGUAAUGUGAUCUCGUGGAAUGCAAUGUUGGCUGGAUAUACCCGAUUUUUUGAAUGGUCUGAGGCAUUAAAUUUUGUAUAUCUCAUGCUUGAUACAAUUAAUGAGGUGGAUCAUGUCACUCUUGGUUUGAUGUUAAGUGUAUCAGCGGGGCUUUCGGAUCAUGAAAUGGGGAAACAGGUUCAUGGUUAUAUUUAUCGACAUGGUUUCCAGUCAAAUCUUAUGGUCAGCAAUGCCCUUCUUGACAUGUAUGGUAAAUGUGGGAACUUGAACAGCGCCAGAGUUUGGUUUAACCAGAUGAGUAAUUGGCGUGACAGGGUUUCUUGGAAUGCUUUAUUGGCUAGCUAUGGUCAUCAUCAAUUAAGUGAACAAGCACUAACAAUAUUUUCAGAGAUGCAGUGGGAGACAAAACCGACCAAAUAUACAUUUGGAACCCUUUUAGUAGCGUGUGCAAAUAGCUUUGCACUUUACCAAGGCAAACAGAUUCAUGGAUUCAUCAUUAGACAUGGAUUUCAUAUAGAUAUUAUAAUCAGAACGGCUUUGAUUUACAUGUACUCUAAAUGCCGUUGUCUUGAGUAUGCUAUUGAGGUUCUGAAGGGGGAGGUUUCCAGGGAUGUGAUCAUUUGGAAUACCAUAAUUUUGGGAUGUUGUCACAAUCAUAGGAGUAGAGAAGUGUUCGAACUUUUUGGGAUCAUGGAAGCAGAAGGCAUCAAGCCAGACCACGUGACCUUUGAAGGCAUCCUGCUUGCUUGUAUUGAAGAAGGCCUUGUUGAUUCAGGCAUUGAAUGCUUUAAGUCAAUGAACAAUGAAUACGGCAUCCCGCCAAGGCUGGAGCAUUAUGACUGCAUGAUUGAACUCUACAGUCGGCAUGGAUACAUGGAUGAGCUUGAGAAUUUUAUGAAGACAAUGACAAUAGAGCCCACUAUUCCUAUGUUGAAAAGAGCCCUUGAUGCUUGUCAAAAAUAUCGGUGCCCAAGAUUGGGAGAAUAUAUUUCAGAAAAAAUUAAUGAAUUUAAACAUUAAUUAAUUCAACUUGCAGCAUGAGUGCACUAUAGCAGAGAGCUGAUCUUUGUUUCAGCUCAAGAGCCAUAAGUUUGCAGGUAUAUGCAAUGGAAUAUGACCGUGAUUAAGGUCCUGUCUGUAAUGAUAAUAAUCAGAUUAAUACCUUGAUGUGCAGCUCCAGGAUGUAUAUUCAAUUGUAGUGGCAGGACAUUUCUGGUUUUGGUGAAAGAAAAUGAUCAUGGUACCAGAGGUCUAUUUGAAGUUAACAAGUAUUUGCAAAGAGACAGGAUAAACUGCAUGAGGCUUUUCUGCAUCUUGGGAUUUGAGCUCUGAUGACGUUAUGAAUGGUUUGGAGCUGCGAUUAUAGAUCGUGAUGAAAUCUUUGCUAGAGAAUGCAAAGGUCAUGCGUUUUGGCAGCAGGCAUGGCUGCGAGUUUGGAUUCACGUUUGAAUAAUUAUAGAUGUACAUUUACGUGAUUUUGUCUCCAAACACACCCACGAAGCAUGAUUUAGUGCAUGUUUCGAUCUGCGGUGGCAGACUUCAUAUGCACGUUACUAACUUGUUCUGUU